AUGGUGCGCCUCGGCGCCGGCAUGGCGUUAACGAGUACCUCUCCCCGAUGGCGCUUCAAACCGUCGUCGUCCAUGCUGGACCCACCCGCAACAACCUCACCUCAAUCUUUUGGCUGGAUGGAUGGACGGUCAACUCAAAUUUCGCCACGCCUCACUCUCACUCACUCACUCACCCUCGGCCGGGCCGUCCCCGCGCAGCGCAGCGCAGGCUUUUCCUACUGUGCACUCACAUCGACUUCCUCGUCCUCGGUCGUCCGCCCUCCUUGGAGAAGUCCGUCCAGACACCCGAUCGACUGUCGGCAACCACACCUCGGCCGCGGCAUCGCAGAACAUGUAGAGCCCGCCAGCCUUCAACACAUCCAACCAACCACCCAAGCCCCUCCUUUCCGCCAUCUCAAGCAAGCAUACACACACACAUACGAUACCAAGCCGUUGGCCUCCUCCCCCUCCAUAAUAGCAUACAAGAACCUCUCGCCCAAGACGCGCCUCGCCGUCGGUGUCGGCGUCAUCGCGUGGGGCGUCGCUGGGCUUUACCUGAGCGACCGCGCCGAGGAGAAGUUUGGAUAUACCCCGUCAGACAAGGACAAGGAGGAGCUGCGCAGCUGGACGCCCCGCAUCGUAACCGUUGAGAAGCCUGAUCGUGGGGAUAAAUAA